GACAACACUUGCCUUGAUGCUUCAGUUCAACAUGUCUCCCUCGCAGACUCCUCUCUGUCAUUAAAAGCGUCUGGAUUUUUCGAGAAGCCGCCACGUUUUUGUUAGCAUCGAGCUAGCGGGCCGUUGUCAGCCAGGACCCAGAAAAGCAGCAUCAUCAUCAAUGGUGUGUCUACAUCCCGGAGCCGUCACAUUUUCCUGUGUCCGCUCAAUGAACCAUCUCCUCAGCUCUCAUCACAGCUGCACAUGUAUGGCGUUUGCGAGGCUUGGAGGGGAGUUUUGCCAAGCCCAGCACCUGCUGCUUAUUGUGGACAAGUGAACAGGAGACACGAGCUCAGCACAGCCACUGCCACUCACACACACAGGUCCUUACUGCCAUCCUGCUCAACCCAUAUGAAGAGAAGCCAACCUUCAGUCUGCGACCUGUCCUGGGGAGAAGGGGGGCCUUCAUCGUCAGCCCUGGAGUUCCCUUUCUGCUCUUCUCCUCUUCUGCCUUUCUUUCCCUCCUCUGCUCUGAUUAGUACAAGGUUUCUCUGGAUGGGCUAACAGAUUAAAAAGAAAGGAAGGACAGAGCCUCUUUUUCUGUCUUCAGUUUUUUUCAGGACUUCUGGUGUCCCCUCUCUGGCCCUCUUCAUCCUGGCCUAAUACAUUUUUACCUCUUUUUUUCUAACAAGCCAAUUUUAGUUUUUAAUUUUCAUUGCCAAUCGAUUUUUGUUUCCCCAACAGUUUUUCAUUAUAAAUAGUGAUUUUUUUUUUCAUUUUUAUUUACAGCUUUUUUUUCCAUCACCAAAGGAAGAGCACAUUUUCAAGUUUAUUUUUUACUUUUCUAAGCAGCAAAAAAGUUUUUCUUGAUAACCCUGUUACUCCAUUCUUUGAAGCACAGUACUUUUCUGACCUUUUACUCUUUAAAAACAAACCUAUAUUGGGUCUCAAAAUGAACCGACCGGCUCCAGUCGAGAUCUCCUAUGACUGUCUGAGAUUCCUCAUCACGCACAAUCCUACUAAUGCACAACUGGGAAGGUUUAUAGAGGAUCUGAAGGCAUUUGGAGUAAACACCCUGGUACGUGUGUGUGCCGCUACUUAUGACAAGGCCCCCGUGGAACAAGAAGGCAUAAAUGUUCUGGAUUGGCCGUUCGACGAUGGGUCCGCGCCCCCAGACCAGGUGGUUGAUGAUUGGCUGAACCUGCUGCAGACAAAGUUUCGAGACGAGCCCGGCUGCUGUGUGGCUGUGCACUGCGUUGCUGGUCUGGGACGAGCGCCUGUGUUGGUGGCCCUGGCUCUGAUUGAGUGUGGAAUGGAGUAUGAAGACGCAGUGCACCUCAUAAGACAGAAGCGUCGUGGUGCAUUGAACGCCAAGCAGCUGCAGUACCUGGAGAACUACAAGCCCAAAUUGUGUCUGCGCUCCAAAGAUGCCAACGGACAGAGCUGCUGCAUACAGUAGGAAUCUCCUGAGGAUGAGCGGAGGUGGAGCUGUUCCAAGUUUUAUAUUUCUGUUUUCUUUUUUGGUUUGUAGCCUCAUCUAAACAUGUAGCAAAAGAAUAUUAAAGUACAACUGAAUUCCAAGCUUGUUUGUCUGCAAAUAUUAAAAGUAUUUAUUCCGAAGGUCCGGGCUUUUCCUAAAUGGGAAGUUCUCCCGCUUUCUGGCCCACACACCCCUGCUCCACCUCUCACACUGAAAACAUGUCAUUCUUGGAAACGUUUUCAAUUAACUGCCUUUUAAAUUUCGGCAACUUGUGGAGGCCUGUAUUACGAAGUGGGAUUAACAUACCCGAAAUUGAUUUUUAACUUCAUGAGAUUAUACAAUAUUAAUUCAAUGGAUAACAUGAACAGACGGCACAUUUUGUGUUCGAUAUUAAUUCCUCACUUUGAUGGCACCAGUAGUUGUGCAUUCCAUAGAUUCGUGUCUGUAGUUAUGCCACCUGUGGCCAUUAUUAUUAACCUCUAUUUCAGAUGCAACCCAAGUGGAGCUAAACGGAAAAUCUGUUGGAUGUUUUAAAGAUGGAAAGUCCUUUUCCAAGAGAUCUGAUUGGUCAAGCAGCGGUGCGUUUAUCCACGUUGAUCUCUUAUCCAGAACAUAACUCGCUGCGGAGCAGAUUAGCUGUUAAGUUUAAGUUACCGUGGUGAUUUUCUCUUAUUGAGGUAACUUUAAAAGAAAAAAGAAAAGAAAAAAGAAAAAGUCCUGCUUCAUAGUACAGGCCCAAGUAUCUGUUUCAAAUGAACAGCCUCCUCAUGUUUUAUGCGUUUUCCAGACACUGAAGACUUCUAGAAUCGAUAUUCUAAUUUGUGAACUUUAUCCAUUACAAUCUGACACAAUUCUCGUGGACACAAACCUUCACCGAUGACUUAAAAACAUCCCAUCAGCUGCACUAAGUUGUGGCUCACAGGCGUCUGUGGACAGCGAGUGUUACUUCCCAUGUGAAAAGCCUGUCGCUCUCUGCUCAACGUUGCAGAUUUACAUGCAGCUGAUGUUAUUGAUCCCGUUCAGCAUGUGAACAUCUGUACACGUGACAGUAUGUGGAAUCAUUCUGAUCAAAUCUGCAGCUUGACAUGCGCUAAAAGUGCUGGAAAUGUGUCAGAAUGAGCAUUACCGGGCUUGCAUUAAUGUGCACAAUGGCUGAAACUGACCAAAUCCUCAUACACACACACACACACACACACACACACACACACACACACAUUUAAGAAAUAUGCUUCAAGAAGAAUUUAAAGUAACCGAACUGUGAGCUAUGCUGUAUGAAACAAGAGUACAAUCUAUCUACCUGUUCUAUGUCCCAGAUCAGAGUCUUAAGCGUGUGCUAGAAAAA